AUGGUUGCGACUCCGUUAUUGCGCAUCUCUCCCCAGGCAAUGGCUCUGAAGCCAGGCUCCAUUGCGGCUCGACGCCUGGGGACUCUCAAAUCAUUGCCAGUAUCUAAUCGGAAACUGUUCUCAACAUCAUCAGCAAAGUGGGCGGAGGCGCUUGAGCGGACUAGGAAUAUCGGAAUCAUCGCCCAUAUCGAUGCGGGGAAGACCACCACGACGGAACGGAUGCUCUACUACAGUGGGUUUACGCGCAGAAUCGGAGACGUGGAUGAGGGUUCUACAGUGACGGACUUCCUUCCCGCGGAACGAGCUCGGGGUAUCACCAUUCAGUCUGCAGCGAUUACAUUCCAUUGGCCUCCGGGAUCGCCUGGGGACAAGAACACGGUAACACUGCAGGAAUCACAACCCAGAUCUGCGGUUCCUCAUACGAUCAAUCUCAUUGACACUCCCGGACAUGCAGACUUUACAUUCGAGGUCAUGCGAUCUUUGCGCAUCCUGGACGGGGCCGUCUGUAUUCUGGAUGGCGUUGCGGGUGUCGAAGCUCAGACGGAGCAGGUCUGGCAUCAAGCUAGCACAUACCGGAUUCCAAGACUAGUGUAUGUCAACAAACUCGAUCGUGAUGGAGCGGCCUUCGGACGGACGGUAAAAGAAGUAGGAUCGAGACUUGGAGGCUGGCCGGCUGUCUGUCAGAUACCGUGGUUUGAAGGCGGAGAUGGCCGCUUUGUGGGAGUCGCGGACGUGGUCAACAUUCAUGGUCUACGAUGGAGCGAAGGCGACGGCAAGUCUGUAAAGAUGUUGGAUCUCCAGCAAUUGGACCAGGAAGAAAGCCAAUUGGCGGCGGAGCUUCGGCGUGCACGGGCUGCUUUGGUCGAGCUUCUGAGCGAGCAUGACGACGAGUUGGUCGAGAAGUUCUUUGAAUGCGACGAGGAUCACUUAGCGGUUCCGCCCCAAGACAUCCUCAACAGUCUCCGCCGUUGUCUUAUUGAAAACAAAUCGAGUAGGGUUAUUCCCGUGUUCGCAGGCGCCAGUUUCCGCAACAUUGGGGUGCAGCCUCUACUAGACUCUGUGAUCAACCUUCUUCCUAGUCCGCUCGAGACUGCAGACCCGGAGGUCAGCAUCGGAAAUGUCAAGGGUGGCCUUCGAAGACUGCUUUCAGGGGACCUCCUAGUGGAACAGAAUGAGAAGCAAGCCGCGUCUGGCGGCAAGAAGCAGAAGAGUAAGAAGAACCUGCAGGCAGAAUCACAGAGCUCCAUCGAGAGACUCCAGGGCUGUGGUCUAGCCUUCAAGGUGGUUAAUGACGCCAAGCGGGGAGUUCUGGUGUACGUGCGAGUUUACUCAGGAUCACUAGAUCGAAACAGCACUCUGUUCAACACCAACCUCAAUAUCUCAGAACGUGUGCCCCGUCUUUUGAAGAUGUACGCCAACGACGCUGUCGAGGUGGACUCGAUCCCCGCGGGCCAUAUUGGUGUCGUGGUUGGUCUGAAGCAUGCGCGGACGGGAGAUACCCUGGUCUCGUAUGCCGGACACAAGUCAACACCUCCAGAGCCAUUAAACACGCUACAGCUCCGUCCUAUUGGUGUCCCUCCGCCGGUGUUUUUCGCUGGUGUAGAGCCGCACAGUCUGAGCGAGGAAAAGAAGCUCGAAGAAUCGCUGGCGCUUCUCUUACGAGAAGACCCCAGUUUGCAUGUGACAGUCGAUGAAGACUCAGGGCAGACGCUUUUGAGUGGGAUGGGCGAGCUACAUCUUGAGAUUGCUCGGGAUCGGCUUCUCAACGACCUCAAGGCUAAGGCCAGCAUGGGUCGGAUUGAGAUUGGGUACCGUGAAGCACCGUUGGGAGCUUCUACCCCUGUGACCAGAAUCUUUGACAAAGAAAUUGCCGGCCGUAAGGGCAAGGCUGGUUGCACUGCGGUGGUCGAGCCCUGGGAUCCAUACAUGGAUUCCACCAAUUCCGAAGGCAACGACAUCCUCUCUAUCAUCACACACGAAAACAACCAAAUCAUCAUCACUACACCAAACCUCCAGGUCGAAACUAACAAAAAAGGCAUCGAGGAGAGCCCUCUCCUCCCAGCUGGCCUGGACAUUCCAACUUUCCGCGCAGCUCUCCAAAAUGGUGUUUUCGCCGCCCUCGCCCGCGGUCCCCAAUUCACCUUCCCCAUGCACAGCACACGAGUCACCCUUACCUUCAACGCAACCGAACACCUCUAUGGCACGGACACUACCGCGUCCGCCGUCUCUUCCGCCGCUCGGCUCUCCACAACGGCCGCUCUACGCACCCUCCUCCCUCCACCUUCUUCUCCUCAGUCAGCGCCAGGAACAUCUCCCACGCCGGGUACUGCCCUCAUGGAACCCCUCAUGAAUGUAAUUAUCUCUGUCGACGAAGCCUCUCUUGGCGCUGUCGUCCACGACAUUUCCUCUUCCCGCGGCGGCCAAAUUAUCUCUCUAGACGAAGACCUCACCCUUCCCACAACCGACCUCGCCUCUUCCCCUACAUCAUCAUACUCCCCUCCUCAACAACCACCCGAGGACCUACCUCCUAUCGACACUAGCAAGGUCUACGCACCCCGUGAUCCCUUCGAGACAACCUCCAUCGGCGGCGGGUCUCUAGGGAACACGGACCCUGUGUCUGGAUCGGCAAAUCGCCCGCGGACUAUAGCCGCAAAGGUACCGUUGAAGGAAAUGGUCGGGUAUCUAAAGCAUUUGAGAAGUUUGACAGCGGGUCGUGGCACGUUUGUCAUGAGUGUGGAUCGGUUUGAGCGGAUGAGUGCGCCGAGGCAGAAGGCGGUUUUGAUAGAGUUAAGAGGUGGGCUAUGA